AUGGAUGCUGGUGGGACCUUGUCCGGGUCCGAUGACCGUCUCUCUUUUCUGGCCCCUGAAUUGCAGGAGAAAAUCAUUGUCGAGUUGGACCCCGCCAGCGUUAUUGCUAUUUCGCAAACCAACAGAACUCUCCGAAAUACAGUCGAUCCCGGGGAGGGAGAUAUCAACAACCUCAUUCUGGCUAUGGAGCUCACACCAGAGUACGGAGGUCCUGAUGUCCCGACAGACUGGCUCGGAGGGGGCAUCCAUGACAGACACUAUAGCAGAAAAUUUUCGGACCCCGACGUUGAAACUCACCGUUGGGCAUGCACAACAUGUCACCGCUUGCGUAGCCAUGUUUGGUUUGACAACCAAUCAGUGAUGGGCCUGAGUUAUCAGAAGCCGGACAUCGGCACUCCUGCUGCAGCGCCCAAUCCAUGGGUGCCAACGUCAAUGAGGACGGACGCCGCAAUGGAUGCACCCUGUACAGACCCGGCGACGCACAUAAGACACCAACGCUUCAGGCAAAUCUUGGGUGUUGAUGUGCGCAAUAUCAUUUUAGGGGCCCCCGAUCAACUCAUCACGUUCGGGCUGUCACAAGCUGGAGCCCUCGGCAUCCCAGAUGUGACUGCUUUAGCCCAGCAGCCUCUGCAACACAACACACGAGGGCCAAUUUGCAAACUGAUCGAUGAUGCAUUCAAGGCACUGGACGCUGAGCUGUGCGGCCAGAAGCGGAGGUUCCGCACCUGCAUCGAAUGCCAGGUCCGACUGGUCCAUGAUGCCAGCAGGGCAUGCGGCCGCAGCCUCGCUCCGUGUCCUCCCAUUGUUAGGAGCAGGCAAAUGCCUUUCAAAUCUCCUCUGCACCGUUUCUUCCCAGAAGUUGCGACCUGGCCCCCGCAGGGGCCGAUGCCGUGGCCUGAGUACACAGGAAAAUACUGUGAGGCUAUGCACGCCCUCCUCAAUUUGGGACGACGGAAGCCUGAUCAGCAGUUCCCACUGCACCUCAUACGAUGCCCCGAGUGCCACACAUGGCAGGAGCAGCGGGCGUUUCGCUUGAUCGAGACAGACAUGUUGUACGAUCCACCGACCGAGGAGUACGACAGACACUUCCAACAAAAAGCUAGGCGCGAAAUAGGAGUACGCCAGCUGCUCGUGCUAGACGAGGACGUGUUGUGCAACCACUGCUUUUACAACGAGUACGGCGCGGAGGACCUGGAGGACGAGCUUGUCGAAACCUUCAGGGCCGUCGUCAACAAUGAGAUAGUGCAGCUCAGGUACACUGUGUACGAGAACUGGCAGAACUACUUGCGCUUCGCGAAGGAUCGAAGCGACGAAAUGUUGGACCUAAUCUACGCCCACGCUGACCCUGAGGUCCCGCGAGCCUACAAGCUGUGCGAGGACGAGCCCAUGAUGACCAAGGAGGAACUGGAGGCCGUGACGGCCGGAAGGUUCUACAAGUUUGCGGUCGCGGUGAGCGAGAUGAUGCAGUCGAACCGGUGGGUUCCCGUCGCUGGGCUGAGGUAUUUCGUCUGGGCGGCCGAGGCUCGCUACUUCAUUGAACGCUGGAUCUACCUGGAGGGUAUCCUGGCCAGACUGGAUGCAGGAACCGACUCGCUGUCCGAGUGGGCGCUGGCCAGGCGCGGUCCUUGCCUCACUUGA